GCGUGGGUGGAAAAUGUCAAUGAACACAAGACUGAAAGAGACAAAGUGAAGAGAGGAAGAGACAUUUCCAAGUAAUGUGCAUUGACUUGAAGUAGAGAAGUCAACAAGCAGGCACCAAUAUGAAGACAGUGAGCAAGGCACAUAGCUCAUUAUUAUUAUUAUUAUUAUUAUUAUUGUUAUUGCUUUCCAAUUUUCUUCUGAUUCUACCAGCAGGAAUCAAGAAUGGAAGAGUUUCUUCAAGGUAGAAAUAUGUUAUAUAAAGAUGCAACUGACACCAUACUUCUUGGCUGUAGUUUCUUUAAAGGUUUGGAAUAAAUGGCACUGGAGCUCAUACCUAUAGGAACCAUUUUGGCUGUACUAACAAAUCAGGUCCUUAAAACAGCUCAAGCUGCAAAAGAUGUAGUGAUUGAGACUAAGAGUUUUAAGGUUCUAUCAAAGCAUCUUUUUGACAUUGAACCUGUGUUGAAAGAAUUGCAGCUUCAAAAAUUGAAUGAUUCUCAAGCUGCCAGGCUAGCGCUUCAAAUACUUGAAGCAGAUGUCAAGAAGGCAAAUAACUUGGUCGAGAAGUAUAAAUGUCGAGGCCGUUUCUACUUACUGCUAAAGUGCCGGCACAUUGUGAAUGAGGUCCAAGAAGUGACGAGAGACAUUGGGAGGUCUUUGGCUGCAUUAUCCUUUGCAAACACUGAAGUCCUUUCAGGGAUAUCUGACCAGGUGAAUAGGCUGCACAAUGAAAUGCAAAGGGUUGAACUUGAAGCAUCACAUUCUCAGCUUCAAAUUGUUGACAAGUUAAACCAGGGUCUUCAUGCUCAGAAACUAGAUCAGGGUUUUGCAAAUGACAUGCUUGAAGAAAUAGCCCUGGCAGUUGGGGUUCGUGUAGAACCUUCUGAAAUUAGCAAAGAGCUAGCAAGCUUUAGAAAGGAAAAGGAAGAAGCUGCUGACCGGAAAGAAAGGGCUGAAGUUCUCUUCUUGGAGCAGGUUAUUGAGCUGCUUUCUCGAGCUGAUGCCGCCAGAGAUUAUGAAGAAGUCAAGAAGCAGUAUUCUCAGAGGAUUCAGGUGAUAGAGCAAUAUGAUGAGAGGGAGGAGUAUAUAGCUCCUCUUACUCCUUUUCUCUGUUCUAUAAAUGGGAAUGUGAUGGACGAUCCUGUUAGCCUUUGCACUGGCACUACAUGUGAGAGAGCUGCCAUUGAAGCUUGGUUUGACCAUGGUGGGAACACUGACCCAGAAACCGGCGAGAUUCUUGAAGAUAUGACUUUCAGGUCUAACCUUCGUCUUAGACAAUCAAUAGAGGAAUGGAGAGAACUGAAUUACUGCCUUAGAAUCAGAACCUGUAGGGCAAAGUUGUUAUCAGAUGCGGACUCCUCUGUGGAAGACGCCCUAAGUCACAUGCAAGAUCUCAUGAGAGAAAAUUCUGUAAAUAAGGAUUGGAUCUCAAUAGGAGGUUUAACAGAUAUUAUCAUUUCGAUCCUUGGGAGCUCUCACAAUAACGAUGUAAAGGGGAAGAUUUUAAUUACUUUGAAGAAAAUUGUUGAAGGGCAUGCAAGGAAUAAGGAAAGAGUGGUCAACUAUGAGGGGUGGGAUAACAUCAUUCCAUGCUUAGUGCCUGACUCCGUUGUCUCAAAGGUCGCAAUGGAAUUGCUAUUUGAGUUGUUACAAGAUAGAUCCGGUUGGAACGUAACUGUGUGCAGGAAACUUUCUCAACAAUGCGGAGCAAUUCCUUUCCUUAUCACUCUCCUGAAUGGUCCUGUCAAUGAAUCAGCUGUUUGUGCAGGAAAAAUCUUGAAUAAACUUUUUGAAAUUGAUGAGGAGAAUAUUGCUCGUGCUGCAGAGUCAGGUUGGUAUAAGCCACUUGUUGAGCGGAUUGAACAAGGUCCUGAGGCUUCAAGGAUUUCAAUGGUCAGAGCUAUAGUUAAUAUGGAAUUGGUUGACUCGAAUUUAAAGCUACUCGGUGAGGAAGGGAUUAUACCUCCUUUGCUUGAAAUGGCAAGAUCAUGCAAUACUGAAUCAAAAGAGUUAUCCUUGUCUGCCUUGGUUAAACUAUCUGAUUGCCAUGCCAAUAAAGAGCUUAUUUCUGCUGGUGGUGGGCUUCCUCUUGUUUUAAAACUAAUGUUCUCUGCCCAUAUACGUACAAUUAUUAUAGUUAAAUGUGCUGAAAUCCUUGAGAAAUUUUCUUCUGAUGAUGCUGGAAUUAAAUUUCUUGUUGAUGAAAACCAAAACCAGCUUGAAUUAGAACCGAUUAUCACCAAUUUGUUAGCUUUACAACAGGGCCUAAGCUCAUCCCAUAAUGUUCGGCGGCCUGCUUUACGGGCACUUCUUGGUAUAUGCAAGUUUGAGGCAGGGUUGGUUAAGACUGCAGUUCUCACUGCCAACGGUGUAUCCUUAAUACUUCCUCUUCUUGAUGACACAGACUUGGAAAUUCGUGAAACUGCCAUUAAUCUUCUCUUCCUCUUCUCUCAUCACGAACCACAGGGAGUAGUGGAAUACCUGCUUAAGCCAAAAAGACUCGAGGCACUGGUAGGAUUCCUUGAGAGUGAUGAUAAAAGUGAUGUACAGAAGGCUGCUGCUGGCUUAUUGUCCAAUCUCCCAAAAUCUGAGGUUCCGCUGACUAUGAAGCUAAUUGAGUUGGAUGGGCUCAAUGCACUCAUAACUCUUAUAAGGACAGGGACAAUGGAAGCAAAAGAGAAUGCUCUAAGUGCACUCUUCAGGUUCACAGAUCCUGCAAACAUUGAGUCACAGCGGAUUGUGGUUGAACAGGGAGCUUACCCUAUGCUUGUAAACUUACUGAGAACUGGCUCUGUAAUGGCAAAGGCAAGAGCAGCAGCUCUCAUUGGUGAUCUUUCCAUGAGCAGUCCAAAGCUUGUCGUUGUACCCAAACCAACUUGCUUCUGGUGUUUUCGGCCAACACGUCCUCAUUUAUGCCCUGUACAUGGAGGCAUUUGCAGUGUGAAAACUACAUUUUGUCUAAUGGAGGCAAAUGCUUUGCCUGCCUUAGUUGAGCUCUUACAUGGUGAGGUUGAUGCGACUGCUCAUGAAGCAAUUCAGACACUCUCCACAUUGGUUCAACACGGUUGUCCUAGCAGAGGAGCCAAUGCGCUGCAUGAACAUGAUGCCAUAAAGCCUGUGGUAGAUAUUCUAAGUUGGGGAACAAAUUCUCUAAAAGAGGAAGCAUUGGGAUUGUUGGAGAAGGUAUUUCUAUCGAAGGAAGUGGUGGAUUACUAUAAAUCAGCAGCUAGGUUGCGUCUUGUUAGUCUGACUGGCCAGAAUGUUCACGAGGAUAAUAGCCAGAUUGGGAGAAAGGCUGCAAGUGUUCUGUUGCUUCUUGAGCGCUAUUCAAGAUCAUCAACAUCUCUUCUGCCAGGUUUAUUUGGGUGAAGAUAAUCUGUAGCCAGGCCUGAAAAAAUCUCUCUACUCAUCAGUAUCAGAAAAUUCUUCGCUAAGGAAUACCUAAAACUUACUUAAAAUUUUCACCUAUAAGUUUGCUUUUCUUACUUCAUACAGGAUCUUAGUAUUCCUGAUUCCCUUUAUAUUCCUCAGAUAAAGCUGUAUAGACACCUCGUAUAUCAAGAAUAGGUUGCAUUUAGAUA